AUGCCUAUCCUUACCACGACCAUCGAGGAUCCCUGCCCACUCAUUUUAUACUCAGCCACCGGAUGGAAGCAAGGAUCUAGUCGAAGCGAUGACUUCGCCUCAAGCUAUUCGCAAAGUAGUUUCACUGCCACCAAUACACAGGACUCGAGCGUGUCUUUCUCCUUCAAUGGAACGGCUGUUGAAAUAUUUGGGGCGAAGAGGGAUAAUCACGGCGACUAUCAGAUCACUAUCGACAACGUUACUUCUACGAUCUCUGGCCGCGCUAACCCCAACGUAUUCAAGACGAGUCUAUUCUCCAUCUCGAAUCUGACGCAAGGAUUUCACACCAUCACCUUGACGAAUAAACCUACCGACAAUGGACACAACUUUGUAGACAUUGACUCCAUUACAUGGAAGUCUCGUAUCGGCAAGGACAAGGAUAACUUGGUGGUUAAAACAUUCCAAGACACAGAUCCUUCAUUUUCGUUCUCGCCAUCGAACGCCUGGUCGAAUAGCCCCGAUCAAAUAGGGCUGUUUAAUGGAGGCUCUGGACAUCAAGUAACUGGUCAGACCAGUGCUUCGUUGACUUACUCUUUUGCCGGUAUAUAUAUUUCCAGAAUUGUAAUAAUUUACGCUCACCUACCGUUGAUAGGGGAUGGUGUCCAGUUAUUUGGGCCUAUCGGCCCUCUCGGAGCACCAUUCACCGUUCAGGUGGAUGGAGGACCGGCGCGGUCGUUGACAUCCGUCAAGGACUUUUAUACUCCCCAGAUGAUGCUCUUCCAUGCAGACAACCUGGGGGACGGAAAGCAUGUCCUCCGUCUCGAGUACCAGGGCUCUUUUCCGAACCAGACGUUCGCCAUCGACUACGCGAACGUCAUCAACGCCUCCUCCAUGAAAUCAUCACAGGGGGCAUCAGCGCCCUCAUCACGGGGAUUAAGCGGCGGUCUCGUUGCUGCCAUCGUGGUACUCGUCCUAUUAAUUGUCGCGUGCAUCAUAGCCUUUUUCCUCAUUAUGCGUCGGCGUUGGUAUCUGCCGCCGGAUGACAGGAAGCUGUCCACCGAAGGCAUGAUCGCGCGGCCAAGUUCGCCACCUAUGGCGUCAUCCUCGUACUACACAGGCUAUACCAGCUCUGCCGAUCGUAGAGCGUAUGGUAGGGGUAAUGGACAACGAGGAGGAUUGACUCGAGGGAACACCAUAUCAUCCCCGUCGAUCUUAACAUUCACCUCCUUCGAUCCCAGCGUAUCUUUGGCCCGCUAUUCUACAACCGGUAGAUCCUACUACACACGCUCAGAAGGAAUCCCGGAAGAACCACUAUCUGAACCUUCUGUGCCGUAUGCUACAGUAGCGUCUUCUCUGGUAGGAGGUGAAAAUCCUACACCACCACCGAAUCGGACUAGGACUACCCGGAAUGUGAAAGGUCAAACGGUACUGGCGCCCGGAGCUGCAGGUGCUGGACGGGAGCUACCUGCGCCUCCCAUAGUAGAGGAGCCACGGCCUACUAGAAGUCGGGAAGUGGAAGAACGUCAGUCGGAAUUCUAUUCUUCGGAUAUCGCUCCUCCGGAUUACCACCAAGCAACGGAUCCAUCGAGAGACUCUGGAAUACAGGACGUGAAAGGCAACCGUAGUGUUACCAACCGUUAG